AUGGCCAUCUUCAGCUCGCUCAUCAACCCAACUGAAGGCACUUCGCGCUUCAUGUGCACUGUCGCUUUCAACUACCUAUUCCAAGCCCUAGGCGCUUCCGUCGCCAUCCCGCUCAAGACGACCUUUUUCUAUGACCUCGCCGCGGCAAGCGGUUUCAUCUCCACCACCAUCUUCUCCUUAUUUUACCCCAGCUUCAAACUCUUCGCCAAGGACGCUUGGAAACGGGGAUUGACGGACCGCGCCACUCUAGCCAGUUUCCAAACCGACCUCGUUCGCUCGUUCGGCGAUCUUAGCACCAGACAGGUCGUCAUGGGAGGAAUGAUCGUAAUCUGGGCCGUCCGCCUGGGUUUCUUUCUUUUCCACCGAGUCUUGACGCACGGCGAAGACUCUCGUUUUGAUGCCAUAAAAUCCAACCCUCGAGUCUUUGCUGGGGCAUGGACGGGCCAAGCUACAUGGGUGUUUAUGAGCAGCAUGCCCCUCUGGAUCGUCAACACCAUCCCCAACAUGGGCUCCAACAUUCCUCGAUUCGGCUCGAUCUUCGAUUGGGCUGGGGUGAUCACCUGGUUGACGGGUUUUGGGUUGGAGGUACUUGCCGAUCAUCAGAAAUCGGUCUGGAGACGAGCCAAAGAUUCCAAGAAACACGACGAACGGUUCAUCACCUCUGGCCUUUGGAGCUGGUCACGUCAUCCCAACUACGUAGGCGAGAUCAUCCUCUGGACCGGCCCAUCCCUCCUGUCCCUCUCGCCUCUCCUCUCCAACCUCCCUUCUCACCCUCACUCCAAUUAUAGUCUCACCAACUACAUCCCCCUGCUCGCUGCGUUCACCCCGGCAAUAUUCGAAUACCUCGCGCUGAAAUAUGCGACGGGCGUACCUCCCCUGGAACAGAUCGCGCUAGACAAGUUUGGGGACGAUCGAGCGUGGAGCGAGUAUAGGGAGAAGGUACCUGUUUUGUUCGCUUGGCCUGGAUCAAAGAUUUAA